AUGACUCAGGCCCACAUCGAUUGGCGACGAAAUAAAAUGAAAGUCAAUUUGGCAGUUGAAACUCUGAGUGGGUCCACAGCAGAUUCCAUGGAACUGUUGAUGAACAAAGGAUUACCCCAGUUUGCUGGUGCUGGACCAACGAUUGAAUUUAUUCGCGUAUGGAACACUGCGUUUGAUAUCCAUAAUACUAAGAACGAUAAGAAAGAAAAUCCAUUCAAAAAAACGUUGAGCGUAGAAAAUGCAACACUCUUCUUUGAGUUCAUUGACAAGGCAGUUGAAUACAUAAAAAGACUUAGAGUUGUGAAUGACGAAGGCAAAUUAGUCAGAGUUUGCAAUUCAAAAAUUAAUACAGGAUUCAAUGGAUGUAUAAUAGAUAUGAUCUCGCUUAAAAUGCUGUUUGGAGAGUUUGUGCAAGAACGUAAAUUGAUCGCAUCGAUUCCAACGUACGUUUUCCAACAAGAUCAAUUGGAAAUAUUUUUUGGGAAAAUACGUUCUUUGGGCGGGUAUAAUGACAAUCCAACAUGCGAACAAUUUUCGGGAGCAUUUCGUAAGCUACUAGUACACAGUACAGUCAUGACUUCGAAGUCUUCAAAUUGCAGGCCAUCGGAAUCACAUGAAAAUCCUUAUUCAAACAUUCUAUCAAUUACUUCACAACGAUCCACAAUCGAUAAACAUGCUACGGGUGCAUAUUCACGAGUGUCUGAAGAUCAAAUUGAAGAACUGUACGAUAAAAUGAGUGAAAUUGAAGCUAUGGAGGUGAACCAACACUCAGAAGAUUUGACUGACUAUACGGUGGCCCAUAUCGCAAACCUCAUAGAAAAUAGAAUUAAAUCUGCGAAACAGUUCAACUGUACAUUGUGUAAGCAUAUUUUCGAUGAGAAUCGGGAAAAAGCUGAUACAUUUGACGGCACUAAAUUUAUCAUCAAACCGUGUUACAGUACGUUUUGUAUUUGCAAACAAGCUGACCGAUUUUUGAAGGAAGAAUUACUGAAAGGAACGGUAGAUUUCAACGUUAUCUAUCAUGAAAUAUUGCUAAAUUUAAAUUUUGAAGCGUUGUACAACGACACUGAUUUUUCCGAACACUUUCAUCACAAAAUAUUUUUAAUUCGAUUUGUCGUUGAUGAAUAUGCUAAAGUUAAGGGAACACACAUGGCAAGAUCAAUAACAUUUAGAGAACGUCAAAAAUCACUUCGAUCUAAGCUCCAUAAAUUGCUCCAUUAUUUAGGACAGUAA